AUGUCCGAGGCCCAAUACGCUCCUUUCCGACUCGCUGGCCGGUAUGCCGAGCGAAACAGGUGGGAAAUUUUGAAUGGGCCCGGCGACUCGCGAGUCACGGGCUGUCAAGUAGUCGAUGAUGAGAAUCUGGCUAAUGCAUGGGGUGACAAGGUUGUCCUCAUCACCGGAGUCUCCUCCGGUAUUGGCGUUGAGACUGUGCGAGCAAUAGCAUCGACUGGCGCGACUGUCUUCGGCGCUGUCCGAAAUCUCGACAAAGUUCGGGAAACCCUCGGUUCUUUACUUGAUAGCGGUCGUGUACAUAUUCUCUUCAUAGACCAGACAGACAGACCUGUCAAGUGUUAG